CCGCUUACUGCAGCGACACAGCAACAAACUCAGAAAGUGUCCACGAUCGCAGAUUCGGUAUCCAGAAGAGGUAUGUACAGAACUACAAUGGUGGAUGGAGAAUAUCAAUCAGAAGUCAGCGAUUCAUCUCCAAAGAAUGCCGACGAACCACGUCAUCACCGACGCGUCGGACAUUCAAUGGGUAGCCCUGGUGAACAACGAUAUGAUAAAAGGCCUAUGGGAGCAACACCAGACAAAAUGGCAUUGCAAUCUGAAGGAAAUGUAUGCUGUGAUAGCCGCUAUAUCAGCCAAAGCAAAGGUGCUCCAGAAUUCUACAGUGAUUCUUCAGAGCGACAACAAAACAGUCGUGUCUUAUAUAAAAAACGAAGGAGGAACACGAUCACGUCAAUUGCUAGAUCUGACCCAACAGCUGCUGGAACUAGUGGACCACCUCAACAUUGUGCUCCGGCCUCACCACCUACCAGGCCUGUGCAACACCGAAGCAGAUCACCUCUCACGAAAUCGCGUCGCCGCCGAGUGGCACCUCACAGGCGAAGAAACAUCGAGACUGUUCGGCAUGUGGGGCACGCCAGACCUAGACCUCUUUGCGUCACAGACAGCACAUGUCGUAGCAAACUAUGUUUCGCUAGACUUGUCAGACUCGAACGCUUACUUUCACGACGCGUUUAGCAGAUCCUGGCACUACCGACUUGCAUGGCUGUUCCCGCCGCCCAGCCUAAUACCCAGGGUACUGGAUCACCUCAAUUCAGCCUCAGGUCAGUACAUUCUCGUAGCACCCAAGUGGACGAAGUCUUUUUGGAGGCCAGACCUGAAGAAUCGAGCUCUAAAACGUCCCGUGAAACUCAGAAAUCUGAAAAGACGCUUUUGGACACGACGACAAUGCUACCGCCGGCACAAGUCGGAAAGUUACACCUGGAAGCCUGGCUCAUUUCGGGUGGGAUGCCCUGACGGAUACAUGGACGCCGCAAGAGAAACAGUUAUUGUCAUCGUGUUGGAGGCAGUCUACAAUAAAGACUUAUGCCCCUAUUUGGAGUAG